AUGACAGACCCCGUGUUGGACUCACAGCCAACCAGCAACACUGGGGAGAUGGAUGGACUGUGCCCUGAGCUAUUGCUGAUCCCCCCAUCUCUCUCUAACCGUGGAAUCCUGGAGCCCGUCCAGAGCCCCUGUCCUGCUGGGAACCCCACACCUUUGCCUGCUGACCCAGGCUGUCUACUGGUGGAGGCCACGGCAACUGAAGAGGACACAGGGAACAUGGAGAUCAUUGUGGAAGCAGUAGCUGGAAACCUGUCCCCAGGUGCUCCUGGAGAGACCCCAGCUCCCAAACUGCCCCCUAGAGAGGGAGAGCCGUCAGAACGAGCAGAUAUGCCCUUGCCCAGGCAGGAGUCAGCAGACGAGGAGGACGUGGAGGAAGAAGAGGAGAGUGGGGCACUGAAGGACACCCAGAAAGCCCUGGAGAAAGGCCAGGGGGCUCAGCAGUUAGAAGGGGAUGUGGCUUCUGGCACCGAGUCCCUCUUCAAGACCCACAUGUGCCCAGAAUGCAAGCGCUGCUUCAAGAAGCGGACGCACUUGGUGGAGCACCUGCAUCUCCAUUUCCCAGACCCCAGCCUCCAGUGCCCCAACUGCCAGAAGUUCUUCACCAGUAAGAGCAAGCUCAAGACCCAUCUGCUGCGGGAGCUGGGCCAGAAGGCCCACCACUGCCCGCUGUGCCAUUACAGCGCGGUGGAGAGGAAUGCGCUCAACCGCCACAUGGCUAGCAUGCACGAGGACAUUUCCAACCUCUACUCGGACACCUAUGCCUGUCCUGUGUGCCGGGAGGAGUUCCGCCUCAGCCAGGCCCUGAAGGAGCACCUCAAGAGCCACACGGCGGCGGCCGCCGCGGGGCCCUUACCCCUUCGCUGCUUUCAGGAGGGCUGCAGCUACGCGGCCCCCGACCGCAAGGCCUUUGUCAAGCACCUGAAGGAGACCCACGGCACGCGGGCUGUGGAGUGCCGCCACCACUCUUGCCCCCUGCUCUUCGCCACGGCCGAGGCCAUGGAGGCGCACCACAAAAGCCACUACGCCUUCCACUGCCCGCACUGUGACUUUGCCUGCUCCAAUAAGCACCUGUUCCGCAAACACAAGAAGCAGGGCCACCCGGGCAGCGAAGAGCUGCGCUGCACCUUCUGCCCCUUCGCCACCUUCAACCCUGUGGCCUACCAGGACCAUGUGGGCAAGAUGCACGCCCACGAGAAGAUCCAUCAGUGCCCCGAGUGCAACUUCGCCACUGCCCACAAGAGGGUGCUCAUCCGCCACAUGCUGCUGCACACGGGUGAGAAACCUCACAAGUGUGAGCUCUGCGACUUCACGUGCCGAGACGUGAGCUACCUGUCCAAGCACAUGCUGACCCACUCCAACACCAAGGAUUAUAUGUGCACCGAGUGUGGCUAUGUCACCAAGUGGAAGCACUACCUCAGUGUGCACAUGCGGAAACACGCGGGGGACCUCAGAUACCAGUGCAACCAGUGCUCCUAUCGUUGCCACCGGGCCGAUCAGCUGAGCAGCCACAAGCUGCGCCACCAGGGCAAGUCCCUGAUGUGCGAGGUGUGUGCCUUCGCCUGCAAGCGGAAGUACGAGCUGCAGAAGCACAUGGCCUCCCAGCACCACCCGGGCGCGCCGGCCCCGCUCUACCCCUGCCGCUACUGCAGCUACCAGAGCCGCCACAAGCAAGCGCUGCUGAGCCAUGAGAACUGCAAGCACACCCGCCUGCGGGAGUUCCGCUGCGCCCUCUGUGACUACCGCACCUUCAGCAACACCACCCUCUUCUUCCACAAGCGCAAGGCCCACGGCUACGUGCCCGGCGACCAGGUGUGGCAGCUCCGCUAUGGCGGCCAGGAGCCAGAGGGGCCCGGGCCGUGCCCGACCCCCCCACCCGACUCCGAGCCCCCAGGCCAGCCACCCGCCCAGCCUGUGGGGCCAGACGGUGACCCUGGGCCCGUGGUGGAGCCCGCCUUGGACGCGGUGCCGCCGGAGACCAGUGAGGAGGAGAGCGUGGGGAGACGGGAUGGCGGUGAGGCUCCGCAGGGGGACGAGCUGGUUGGCAGCCCCAGUCCGGCGGAGGUCGAUGAGGCUGGCUGCACGCUACACCUGGAGGCCCUGGGGGUAGAGCUGGAACCUGUGGCCGAGCCACCCCUUGAGGAGAUGGCUGAACCCGCCCCUGUGGCGUUCAGGCCCCUGGAUGCCUCAGGGCCCCUGAGACUGGAAGGGCCAGAGGAAACUUUGACAGAGCUGUCUACCUUCGAAGGUGCCGGAACUUCUGGCUUGGGUGCCGAAGAAAAGCCCGUUCUGGAAAAGCCAGUCUCUGAGGCCCCCCGAAAUGCCCCGUCCUCAGAGGAGCCUCCUGACGGCUGGGCGGGAAACUUCAAGGCCGCUCUGGCCUCCGAGAGCGCCCCCCUCCCCCAGUUCCCUGAGUCAGAGUCCUUACUCAGGGCCCUCCGGAGGCAGGACAAAGAGCAAGCCGAGGCUCUGGUGCUGGAGGGGCGGGUUCAGAUGGUGGUGAUCCAGGGAGAGGGGCGGGCCUUCCGCUGCCCACACUGCCCGUUCAUUACCCGCCGGGAGAAGGCCCUGAGUGUGCACUCCAGGACGGGGUGCCAGGGCCGCCGAGAGCCCCUGCUGUGCCCCGAGUGCGGGGCCAGCUUCAAGCAGCAGCGCGGCCUUAGCACCCACCUGCUGAAGAAGUGCCCCGUUCUGCUCAGAAGGAACAAGGCUUUGCCCAGACCGGGUUCACCCCUCCGUCCACAUCCCCUGCCCCCAGGCACCCAGGUCUCCGAGGAUGCAGAAGGUGGGAAGCCCCCACCUGCACCGUUAGAAGUAGAGCUGGUGCUCCCCAAAGAUGCUGCUCCUGCGCUUCCUAGGGAGCCCGAAGAAGUAGAGGAGCCUCCUGGCACGCUCUGCGUCUCCACAGCCCCUCCCGCGGGGAACACCUCACCCGCAGAGACCCCCGAGAAGUUCCACUUCGAGCAGGGCAAGUUUCACUGCAACUCGUGCUCGUUCCUGUGCUCUCGGCUCUCCUCCAUCACCUCUCACGUGGCCGAAGGCUGCCGGGGGGGACGCGGCGGGGCAGCAAAGCGAGGGGCCUCCCUUCUGAGCAACGGGGACUCGGCCUCCGCGAACGGGGGGGGCACGGAGUGCAGCCCCGGCAGUGGGGACCCAGCUCUGGCUCCAAAGCAGAAGGGGGCUCGCUUCUCCUGCCCCACCUGUCCCUUCAGCUGCCAGCAGGAGCGGGCCCUGAGGACUCACCAGAGCCGGGGCUGCCCCCUCGAAGAGUCUGGAGAGCUGCAGUGCGGCCUCUGCUCUUUCAGCAGCCCCGCCGCCGCCGCCCUGAGGCUCCACCAGCAGCGGAGGCACCCCGCCGCCGCCGCCGCCGCGGCUGCGCCGGCCCGCCGGCCCCGGCCCCCGCUUCAGUGCGCCGACUGCGGCUUCACCUGCAAACAGAGCCGCUGCCUGCAGCAGCACCGGCGCCUCAAGCACGAGGGGGUGAAGCCCCAUCAGUGCCCCUUCUGUGACUUCUCCACCACCCGACGGUACCGGCUGGAGGCCCAUCAGUCCCGACACACGGGCGUCGGCCGCAUCCCCUGCAGCGCCUGCCCGCAGACGUUCGGUACCAACUCGAAACUGCGCCUGCACCGGCUGAGGGUCCAUGACAAGACGCCCACCCACUUCUGCCCGCUCUGCGAUUACAGCGGCUACCUGCGCCACGACAUCACCCGCCACGUCAACAGCUGCCACCGGGGCACCCCCGCCUUCGCCUGCCCCCAGUGCGAGGCCCAGUUCAGCUCGGAGACGGCGCUCAAGCAGCACGCCCUGCGCCGCCAUCCCGAGCCGCCGCCCGCCACGCCGGGCUCCCCCGCCGAGGCCGCCGCCGCCGGCCCCCUGCGCUGCGCGCGCUGCGGGCUGCUGUGCCCCAGCCCGGCCAGCCUGCGGGGGCACACGCGGAAGCAGCACCCGCGGCUGGAGUGCGGGGCCUGCCGGGAGGCCUUCCCCAGCCGGCCGGCCCUGGACGAGCACCGGCGGCGGCGGCACUUCAGCCACCGCUGCCAGCUGUGUGAGUUCGCCGCGCGGGAGCGCGCCGGCCUGGUCAAGCACUACCUGGAGCGGCACGAGGGGGAGGCGGCGGCGGCGGCGGGGGCGGGGGGCGGCGGCCAGCCCCCUCUGCGCUGCCCCUUUUGUGACUUCGCGUGCCGCCACCAACUGGUGCUGGACCACCACGUGAAAGGGCACGGCGGCACCCGGCUCUACAAGUGCACCGACUGUGCCUACAGCACCAAGAACCGGCAGAAGAUCACCUGGCACAGCCGCAUCCACACGGGGGAGAAGCCCUACCGCUGUCACCUCUGUCCCUACGCCUGUGCUGACCCCUCCCGCCUCAAGUACCACAUGCGGAUCCACAAGGAAGAACGGAAGUAUCUGUGCCCUGACUGUGGCUACAAGUGCAAGUGGGUCAACCAGCUCAAGUACCACAUGACCAAGCACACAGGACUGAAGCCAUACCAGUGUCCCGAGUGUGAGUACUGUACCAACCGGGCCGACGCGCUGCGCGUGCACCAGGAGACACGGCACCGGGAGGCGCGGGCCUUCAUGUGUGAGCAGUGCGGCAAGGCCUUCAAGACACGCUUCCUGCUGCGCACCCACCUCCGCAAGCACAGCGAGGCCAAACCCUACGUGUGCAACGUGUGCCACCGUGCUUUCCGCUGGGCUGCCGGCCUGCGCCAUCACGCCCUCACCCACACAGACCGCCACCCCUUCUUCUGCCGCCUCUGCAGCUACAAGGCCAAGCAGAAGUUCCAGGUGGUGAAGCACGUGCGCCGGCACCACCCCGACCAGGCCGACCCCAACCAAGGAGUGGGCAAAGACCCCACCACCCCCACGGUACACCUGCAUGACGUGCAGCUGGAGGAGCCCAGCCCUCCUGCUCCUGCCGCGCCCCCAACCGGGCCCGAGGGCUGA